UGUAAAAUUUACCACAGUCAACUGAAUUUAUCAGAAAUAGUGCUACGGUCCUUCAACAGUCAUCAAAAUGAAUAGGGAAACUGCAGAAAAUUUUCUGGACUCCAAUCCGGAGUUUGCCAAGCAGUACUUUGAGAAAACACUUCGUCCAGAAACCGUGGCUCAAGUGAUGUCGAGGACUGACAUCGGUGCUGAUAUCUCAACUUUCAGGGAGAUUGGUCAGGUGGAGGAAAGUGAAAUUCUCUUUGAGCUUAUCCGAGACAUGCAGGAGAGCAUAAACAUGGAAAAGGUGGUGUUUAAAACUUUACGGAGGCUUAGUUCCCUGAUCCAUGCCGACCGUAUGAGUCUGUUUAUGUAUCGGCAAAGAAAUGGCACAGGAGAGUUGGCCACCAGGCUGUUCAAUAUUCACAAGGAUGCUGUCAUGGAAGAUUGCUUUGUGCAUCCAGACCAUGAGAUCGUUUUCCCAUUGGACAUGGGAAUUGUAGGAAGUGUUGCACAGACCAAGAAAACUGUAAAUAUCCACAACGUCGCUGAGUCCAAUCUUUACAGCUCGUUUGUGGAUGAAUUGACUGAAUACCAAACUAAGAGUGUUCUUGCUACCCCCAUAAUGAAUGGUAAAGAGAUGGUCGCUGUCAUCAUGGCAACUAAUAAAACGGAUGGAACUUAUUUUACUGAAUACGAUGAGGAUAUUUUCUUGAAGUAUCUCAACUUUGCCUCCUUGAACCUCAAAAUCUAUCAUCUGAGCUACCUUCAUAACUGUGAAACAAGAAGAGGCCAGGUUCUUUUAUGGUCAGCAAACAAAGUAUUUGAAGAACUGACAGACAUUGAGCGACAGUUUCACAAGGCUCUUUACACAGUCCGAGCCUACCUGAACUGUGAGAGAUACUCAGUAGCACUCCUCGACAUGACGAAGCAGAAGGAGUUUUUUGACCUGUGGCCUAUACAGAUGGGAGAGGUACCUCCUUACCAAGGUCCCAGAACUCCUGAUGGCAGAGAAAUAAUCUUUCACAAAAUCAUCGACUACAUUCUACAUGGAAAGGAGGAGAUUAAAGUCAUUCCAACUCCACCCGCUGAUCAUUGGGCCUUGGCCAGCGGAUUACCAACGUAUGUUGCAGAGACUGGCUUAAUCUGCAAUAUCAUGAAUGCAGCAGCAGAUGAAACAUUUAGCUUCCAGACUGAACCCUUGGAUAGUUUUGGAUGGACGAUCAAAAAUGUCCUUUCAAUGCCAAUUGUAAACAAGAAAGAAGAGAUUGUCGGAAUUGCCACAUUUUACAACAGGAAAGAUGGGAAACCUUUUGAUGAAAUGGAUGAAGUUCUUAUGGAAUCCCUGACCCAGUUCCUAGGCUGGUCUGUUCUCAACACCGAUACAUACGAUAAAAUGAACAAGCUUGAAUACCGGAAGGAUAUUGCUCAGGGAAUGGUGCUAUAUCAUGUAAAAUGCAACAAGGAUGAAAUACAAAAUAUACUGCCAACAAGGGAAGUUUUUGGAAAAGAACCUAAUGAAUGUGAAGAGGAGGAAUUACAAGAAAUAUUGAGUGAGCAACUCCCACAAGCUUCGGACUUUCAACUUUAUGAGUUCAGCUUUAGUGACUUAGAAUACGCGGAGAUGGAUCUUGUGAGAUGUGGCAUCCAGAUGUAUUACGAGUUGAAAGUUGUGGACAAAUUCCACAUCCCACGUGAGGUUCUGGUCAGGUUUAUAUAUUCCUUAAGUAAAGGAUACCGAAGAAUUACAUACCACAACUGGCGUCAUGGAUUCAAUGUUGGGCAGACCAUGUUCACUCUUUUGAUGACAGGUAAAUUGAAACGCUAUUACACAGACCUGGAAACAAUGGCUAUGGUCACUGCAGGGCUCUGUCAUGAUAUUGAUCACAGAGGGACCAACAACUUGUACCAAAUGAAGUCCCAGCACCCAUUGGCAAAACUACAUGGCUCUUCAAUUAUGGAACGUCAUCACUUGGAGUUUAGCAAGACUUUACUUGCUGAUGAGACUUUGAACAUUUUCCAAAACUUGAACAGGAGGCAGUAUGAGCACGUCUUCCAUCUGAUGGAUGUUGCGAUCAUUGCAACAGAUUUGGCGCUCUACUUUAAAAAAAGAACAAUGUUUCAAAAGAUUGUCGACCUGUCAAAAACCUAUGAGGAUGAGAAGGCCUGGGUGGAAUAUAUGUCACUGGAAACGACCAAGAAAGAGAUUGUCAUGGCCAUGAUGAUGACAGGGUGUGACUUAUCAGCAAUUGCUAAACCCUGGGAGGUUCAGAGCAAGGUGGCUCUGUUAGUCGCAGCUGAAUUCUGGGAACAGGGUGACUUGGAAAGAACUGUCUUACAACAGAAUCCCAUUCCAAUGAUGGACAGGAACAAAGCAGAUGAACUCCCAAAACUUCAAGUUGGUUUCAUUGACUUUGUGUGCACAUUUGUCUACAAGGAAUUCUCUCGCUUUCACGAGGCCAUCACACCAAUGCUUGAUGGUAUACUCAACAAUAGAAAAGAAUGGAAGCAACUUGCUGAUGAACAUGAGGUGAAGGUGAAGGCUUUGCAAGAAGCAAGGCAGAAGCAAGAAGAAGAGCUAGCAGCAAAGAAAGCUGCUGCUGCUGCCGCCGCCGCCGCUGCUGCAGAGAAGGCUCAGUCCAAAACUUGUUCUGUGUGUUAAGCGUUGUGGUUCCUGGGCU